AGGCAGACAGAAACUUCCCUUUCUUUCUCCUCACUUCCAGUAAGAGCUUACUGGAGAAACAUCACUUCCAGUUUCUGAACUGUUUGCGGGUCCGAAUUGCGGCUGAAAUUAAAUUCUACCUAAAAUUCAGAAAGACCAAGCUCCCCUUCCGCACCCCUCUCGCUCUCCACAACAGCCCGCGGAGGCACAGAGGCACCCCACCCCCCUGCAGUAACAGCAGCUGCUGACCACCCCCCCCCCACCCCACCCCCCCGAUAAAGAGCUGAGAAGAGAGAGGAGGGAUUAUCCACCAAAGAGCCACGUCACAUCCGGGCCAGCGCCACCGAGCGAGCGAGCGAGAGAGAGAGAGAGAGAGCGAGCGAGGGAGCGAGAGAGAGAGAGCGAGCGAGCGGAGGAUCAGAAACAGAGCCGAGCGAAGAGGAAGGCAGCAUCAGCAGCAGCAACAGCAGCGCUCGCUCUCUGUUUACCACGGCGAUCAUGUGCCAGAGGAGCCUGCAGCGCCCGUCGCGGAGCCCGGGGAAAUGGUGAGAUGCUGCAGGUCUCUGCACAGCCCGCCGUCCUCCCGCCACCUGCGCAGAGUUAGGGCCAAUGCGCGCCGCCUGCGCCCGCUCGCCACCGCGCCCGCGGCCGAGCGGGGGGGCGGCACCGCCGCGGGAGGCAGCACCGCCCUGGGGCCCCCCUCUCCCAGCCACAGGACCCGAUUCAGGUUGCAGUUCCCACAGUUGGCCUUGCGGCGGCGCCUGGGUCAGCUGAGCUGCAUGUCCCGGCCUGCCUUGCGGCUGCGCUCAUGGCCGCUCUCCUUCCUCUACUACAUCCUGCCCUUUGGGGUACUCAAGCCCCUGGCCAAGGUGGGCUGGCGUCCAACUAGCAGGGUCGCUCUGUACAAGACUAUCCCGACGCGCGUGCUGUCCCGUGCCUGGGGGCGGCUGAACCAGGUGGAGCUGCCCACCUGGCUCCGGAAACCGGUCUACAGCCUGUACAUCUGGACCUUCGGGGUCAACAUGAAGGAGGCCGCGGUGGAGGACCUGCACCAAUACAGGAACCUCAGCGAGUUCUUCCGACGCAAGCUCAAGCCUCAAGCCCGGCCCGUCUGCGACUCGCACUGCGUGAUCAGCCCUGCAGAUGGUAAGAUCCUGCACUUUGGGAGAGUGCGCAACUGUGAGGUGGAGCAGGUGAAGGGUGUGACCUACUCCCUGGAGACCUUCCUGGGCCCACACACUUGGGCCGAGACCUUAGGCCUCAGCAAGAAUGAAGACGACCUCACCUCCUUCCAGGACCUGCUGGUCACCAAGGAGGGGAACGAGCUGUUCCACUGCGUGGUGUACCUGGCCCCAGGGGACUACCACUGCUUCCACUCGCCCACCGACUGGAGGGUCGCCCAUCGCCGCCACUUCCCUGGCUCUCUGAUGUCGGUGAACCCAGGUGUGGCGCGCUGGAUUAAGGAGCUCUUCUGUCACAACGAGCGGGUGGUGUUGAGCGGGGAGUGGACACACGGCUUCUUCUCCCUCACGGCUGUGGGCGCCACCAACGUGGGCUCCAUCCGCAUCUACUUCGACAAGGAACUGCGUACCAAUGCCCCCCGCUACAGCAAAGGCUCCUACAACGACUUCAGCUACUUGUCCAACAACAACCAGGAGGGCGUGGCCAUGCGGAAGGGGGAGCACCUGGGCGAGUUCAACCUGGGCUCCACCAUCGUGCUGCUGUUCGAGGCGCCGCGAGACUUCACCUUCAACCUCAAGCCGGGUCAGAAAAUCCGCUUCGGGGAGGCGCUGGGGACUAUGUGAUGAGAAGCGGCGGGGGGGGGGAAACUACGGAGACCCCCUUCCCUCCCUCGGGACACACUGGCGGCACCUGGCCGACAUGCUCCUGUGCACACCACCAUGUGACCCGCGAGUGCACACGAACAAACUAACCAACCGAGAUGCCCGUGCCCUCAGGCGCAGCGUGCGCUCGCUCAGAUCCAUGCGUAACCGCGGUGUGUGUUCACAUGCAGACAUGCUAAAACAAUGGCAGACUCAUGGCAAACGAUGCACGCACCAACACCGUCGCAUUACUACCUUGGGAGUCUCCCCAUUUAUUUUUUUAUAUUUGUCGUUGUAUUAAUUACCCAUCGUCAGUCAGGCACAAUGUAACCAGAACAGAAUGAGAUAUUUUGGCACAUUUAGAUUUUGCAUAAAAUGCCGAUUUGCUUAAUUGUUUUUCUUUUCUUUACUUUUUUUUUGUUUACCCAUAAUGCCUUUUUUGUGAUGGAGGUUGUCUGAAACUGACACAAGCAACAGAACACACUGGUGCAAACCACUGCGCAGUCACAGACACUGUCCCAGUUCAGUUACACACAAACACUCUCCCCUAUUCAGUUACACGCACACAUUCUCCCCGUUCAGUUACACACAGACACUCUCCCUGUUCAGUUACACACACGCUCUCCCCGUUCAGUUACACACAGACACUCUCCCUGUUCAGUUACACACACACACUCUCCCCUGUUCAGUUACACACACACAUUCUCCCCGUUCAGUUACACACACACGCUCUCCCCUGUUCAGUUACACACAGACGCUCUCCCCUGUUCAGUUACACACAGACACUCUCCCUGUUCAGUUACACACAGACGCUGUCCCCGUUCAGUUACACACAGACACUGUCCCCUGUUCAGUUACACACAGACGCUCUCCCCUGUUCAGUUACACACAGACACUGUCCCCCGUUCAGUUACACACACACGCUCUCCCCUGUUCAGUUACACACAGACGCUGUCCCCGUUCAGUUACACACAGACACUGUCCCCGUUCAGUUACACACACACAUUCUCCCCGUUCAGUUACACACAGACGCUCUCCCCUGUUCAGUUACACACACACAUUCUCCCCUGUUCAGUUACACACAGACGCUCUCCCCUGUUCAGUUACACACAGACGCUGUCCCCGUUCAGUUACACACAGACACUGUCCCUGUUCAGUUACACACACACAUUCUCCCGUUCAGUUACACACAGACGCUGUCCCCUGUUCAGUUACACACACACAUUCUCCCCGUUCAGUUACACACAGACCUGUCCCCGUUCAGUUACACACAGACGCUCUCCCCUGUUCAGUUACACACAGACACUCUCCCUGUUCAGUUACACACACACAUUCUCCCCGUUCAGUUACACACACACAUUCUCCCCUGUUCAGUUACACACAGACACUGUCCCCCGUUCAGUUACACACACACGCUCUCCCCUGUUCAUUACACACAGACGCUCUCCCCUGUUCAGUUGCACUGUACGCCUAUUGAAAUGCAACGUGAAAGAAAGACCUCAACUUUUAAGAAUGUAUAAGCGAGUGUAGAAUUUGCCUCUCCACCUUUAUUCUAUUUAUGUUUUUCUCACGUUCUCUCCGUCCACACAGCCACAUCUCCCUCCCAUUCAUCCAUCUAUCCCUCCCACUGGUCACCCGUAAAAAUACCUUUUGUAACUGUCAUCACUGCCACCAAUUAUUAUUAUUAUUAUUAUAUUAUUAUUAUUAUUCAUGAUUGAAAACAAGUUUUAAUUACUGAAAGGUGGACUCUGACUCAGGCUAAACUUGAAUUGUUCUAAAUUGAUAUGUAUCAAACAGCAGUGCACCUUAGACACCCACAUACUAAAAACCCCAGAUACAUGUUAAUCUCAGGACCACUGCUCCUUUAAAAAAGAAAACAGAAGUGUGGAGCCGAUUCUAGCACUUCUGUGCAUGUAUGGGGAAAACAUACUGCUCUGUGAGUCUCAGCUGCUUUGGUAUGGCGGAUGCUGCUUCAGCAUAAUCCGUCAUUGACGGUUAUUGAUUGGAUGAACCCCGUGUUGAGUCGAGCUGCACAGAACUGUCACUGAAUUGACUGAACCAAUCAAGUGUAAAACCCGCAGCAAAACCAAAUGAUUGGCAUCCAUCAGAUACUGAUGUCAUGCAGUAGCCCUGCCCAUUUUGGACAUUUCUUUCUCAUCUCUCUCCCAUCAAUGGUGCCAGUAAGACAUUUCUCCAAUUCUUAUGAACUCCCCGUUUUUACAUGAGACAUUUUAGCCUUUCUGUUCGCUAGUCUUUCAACUGCUAUUGCAAGACGGGUGGCACAUUCAGGACAUGUUUCACCAAAACCUAUAUAAUAUUUGCACAUUUGCACUCCGUAACUUCACGUUGGGUAGUUGCCAAUUUUCACCAAGCUUUUUUUUUUUUUUUUCCAAUUUGGAGCAGCUGACAUACUGCUGGACGUGUGUCUACAUUGGUCAGCUCAAUGUCUGUCAAUGGUACAUUAAUGCUAUUACUAAUAUUGACAAGAGUAAUAAUAAAAUGAAGAAUAGAAACUAUAAUAAUGUCCCAAAGAAUGCAGAGGUGUGGUUCCAGGGGGGCAAAGCUGUGAAAAGACAGUUAUACAGUGCAGUCCGUAGGUAUUUGGACAGUGGCACAAGUUUUGUUGUUUUACCACUGUACAACAGUACAUUGGAUUUGAAAUGGACUAAUGAAUAUGGGGUUAAAGUGCAGACUGUCAGCAUUAAGGGUAUUUACAUCCAUAGCCACAGAUCCAUGUAGAAAUUACAGCCCAUUUUAUACAUACCACCCAUUUUAGUGGACCAAAAAAUAAUUUGACAAAUUAACAUAAUAUUAAAAUGCUCAUAUUUAAUACUUGGUUUCAAGUCCUUUACACUCAAUGACUGCCUGAAGUCUGUGACUCAGAGCCAUCAUCAGACACUGGGUAUCGUCCGUGGUGAUGCUUUGCCAGGCCUGUACAGCGACCAUCUUCAGUUCCUGUUUUUUCACUUUAACCUUGUAUUCACUGUUUCAUUUCAAAUGCAAUGUGCCGGAGUACAGAGCACAAGCAACAAAAAUUGUGUCACUGUCCAAAUACUUAUGUGCUACACUGCAUGUAUAUAUAUUCUUUCCUUUUUCUAAUUUCUUGUAGUGCCAAAUAAGAAGGAUGAGUUGGGUUUUUUAUGUUUUUUUUCCUGUUUUACUACUUUCCUUUGAGAAAAAUACAUAUUUUCUAGGGGGCAGUUGCAAUGUUGGCUGUACUGUGGAUUUUCAGGAGCACAAUGAUGAGAACGUGGCAGACUCUGUCAAACUCGGACACGGUGCUCCAAAGAACUCCGACCUCUGACCCCAAGGUUGACUGUACAGACAGGGGCCCGAGGAUGAGUCUCACAUGGACAGACAUGGUGGGCGGGGUCAAUGACCCAGAAAUGUGUCCAGAUGAGUAACUGGUGUCGCAAAGAAAAACUGCGCUCUUCUGGUUUCCUCUGGUCACAGCUAGUUGUUUUUUUUAUUUGUCCAAUGUAAGAUACUGUACUGUACUGAAUCAUUUGACCCAUUAAAACACAACAUAGAUUUUAAUUUUAAUAUUGCAAAAAGCUGAAAAAUGUAAUUAAUAAAUUUUUGCCUAUUCUUAAAAAA